GGGACCAUGUACUCUACUGGUGUGUGUGUUUGUAGUCCCCCUCCCUAGCUACCAUAUAUGCUUAUGCAAAAUGCAGUGCACACACACAAAUGUAUCCAUCUAUUCCUUGGUUGGCCUCUCUGCCUCUUUAUAAGAGCAUACUUUUCCUCCCUGCAGCCUUUUGCUGCAGCACACUCGCUGCAUACACGAGAGAGAGAGAGAGGGAGAGAGAGAGAGAGAAAUAAAAUGUUCCAUAGCAAAUCCAAAAGUUGAGCCUGAGUAGUAGAGUACCUCGCCGCAGGCAGGCAUCUUGUCUUGUUGCUCUUUGCUUGAUCCGUCCAUGGCGCUUUUGCAGCCGCAGGGCUCCCCCUCCUCUCCAGCCAUAGCGUUUUAGUGCAUGAAUGCUCCUUCUGCACCUCCCUCGCCAUAGCUUGCAGGAGCAUCACCACCUAGCUCGCGAGUAUUAGAUCAACAGUGCAGUGAAAGUGUCCAGUGCCAGCCACCCCCACCGGCACUCAUCACCUCCAUCAGAUCUGCAGCUUUGCUCGCAUUAAUCAAGGUUUUAUUUGCAAGAUGGACCAUAGCUUCAGCGACAUGAUCUUGAGCGAGAGCGCGUGGAGCGGCGGCGGCGACGGAGGGGCGGUCUUGCUGCUGCCGGAGGUGGGCGGUGUUGGUGGCGUUGGCGUCGAGGGGGGCAACAUGACGGUGCUGGAGAGGCUGGUGCUCGACGAGGCCCUGGCGGCGGCGAUCCUGGAGCUGCAGGGCAUCCAGGCGCCUGCCUGCGCCGGCAAGGCGCCGGCGGCCGGUGGUGGCGUGGUCGGGGAGCCCGUCGCCUUCCCCUCGAUGGCGACGCCAACGCCCGCCUACGCGGACGUUGACGCGGAUGUCCUCCAGCGACAGCAGCAUCGCCAUCGCCAUCAGGGCGCGAUGGGGAUGGCACCGGACUACGACCUCACACCAGCAACAGCCGCUGUCGCGGUAACUACUGUGCCGGCUGCCUUCACAAACGCCGCAGCGGCGGUUGACAGUGGCGGCCUUGUCGUUGAUGCGCCGGUGUUCUCCGGCAACGAGACCGGCGCGCCGGGGGCCGCGACGAGCCAGCGGUGUGAAGAAGGAAAAGGCGGCGGCCGGAGGCAACGCCGGCCCAACAGGAAGCGGAAAGCCGCCGAGCCGUCCUCCGUGCCGGCGCAGGAGAGCACCCUCUGCAGCCUCCUGGCGUCCACCACGGCGGGCGAGGGCGGCAUCCAGAUCGCCUUCAGCACGAGCGCUCAGGCUCCCGCUGGCGCCAAGAGGGCCAAGCCGUCGGUGAGCGGCAGCGGGUCGUCGAGCAUCAGCUUCGACGGCCGGAACGCCGGGGCCAACGGCGGGGUGGACGACCCCAUGUACGAGCCCGACACGGAGGCGCUGGCGCAGGUGAAGGAGAUGAUCUACCGCGCGGCGGCGAUGCGCCCCGUCUCCCUCGGCUCCGACGACGCCGGCGAGCGGCCGCGCCGGCGCAACGUGCGCAUCUCCUCAGACCCGCAGACGGUGGCGGCGCGGCAGCGGCGGGAGCGAAUCAGCGAGCGCCUCCGCGUGCUGCAGAAGCUAGUCCCGGGCGGCGCCAAGAUGGACACCGCCUCCAUGCUGGACGAGGCCGCCAACUACCUCCGCUUCCUCAAGUCCCAGGUCCGGGAGCUGCAAACCCUAGACCGCCGGAACUUCGCCGCGAACACCACCACCAACGUGAACAACUCCAUAGCGGCACCGCCUCCACCAUGGCCGGGUCACUGAGCUACAACAAUGGCAACGGUGUUCCAUGCCGGUCGGCCUUCGACUUGCAGCCGAAACCCUACGAGGAGGGGGAGGUGUUGAUCGUGAUCGAGCUAGCAGCUGAUUUAGUCACUUAGUUGGAAGAUGCAUGAUAGAUUUGUAACACUCAUGCAUGUUGCUGGUAACACUUUUUAUUUAUGUCUGUCCAAUGUGCAUGUAUUCAUCAUUGUUAGCUCAAAGACUAGGGAGAUGAUGAUGCUAUCGAUGAUGGGAUCUACCAAUGCAACAAGGAUGCAAAUUGGCUUCAUUAGUUCAUCA